UAUAAUUAUCUGCGUAACAAAAAAUUAGAAAAUAAAAAAAAAACCUCGAAAAUUUCCAAACUUUAAUUUUCAAUCCAAAUCCAAAUCUCAAAAUAUCUUUCUUCUCAGUUUUUCAUGCAAAACAUAAACAGCUAGACAAUUAUCACCAACAAAAAUCUUCAAGCUGGUUGUUAAAGCUUAAAUUUUAAUUCAUGACAUUGGAGUUCAUAGCAAGGCUAAGGUCAAGCCGGGUGGUUGUUCAAGACCAACUGGAAGUUCCAGACCAAGCGGCGGUUGACGGCGACGGCAACGGUGAGGACUGCUGCUGGGCCAAACUGCCGCCGGAAUUGAUAAGAGAAGUUCUUUUAAGGAUCGAAGACUCUGAAACUCAUUGGCCUCAAAGAAAAAAUUUGGUGGCUUGUGCCGGUGUUUGCAGUAGUUGGAGGCUUAUCGUUAAAGAGAUUGUUAAAUUUCCUGAAAUUUCAGGAAAAUUAACAUUUCCCAUAUCAGUUAAACAGCCUGGUCCUAAGGAUGGUCUCCUCCACUGCUUUAUAAAACGGAACCGAUCCACUCACACAUAUUGCCUUUACCUUAGUUUAACUAAUGCACUAACAGAUGAUGGGAAGUUCCUUCUUGCUGCUCGCAAGCAUAAGCGUCCUACACACAAUGAUUAUAUCAUCUCUUUACGGGCUGAGGAUAUGUCAAGGGGGAGCAGUUCUUAUGUUGGGAAAUUGAGAUCAAAUUAUUUAGGGAACAGGUACACCAUCCUUGCUGGUCAAUCAGCUCAUACUGGUUCAAAGAUGGCUAAAAAUCACUCUCCUAGGCUACCAAAUUUGAAACAUGCUUCAUCUAAAAUCCAUUUGGUCAACUAUUCCAUGGCUCAUAUUUCAUAUGAAUUGGAAGUUUUGGGUUCGAGGGGUCCAAGGAGAAUGCAAUGUAUCAUGGGUACCAUCCCAACCACUUCGAUCCCACCCGAAGAGCCAGCUCGAGCCCGGUCAGAGUUUUCUGGCCGCAAUACGGACAUAUUCCAAUCAAAUCCGAUUGCUCAUUCAGAACCAGCUAGCAUGGGCAAUUUUCCAUCAGGAUCAUUGUGUGGUCAAAAGAAUGGUGCAUUGGUGUUGAUAAACAAGGCUCCAAGGUGGAAUGAACAACUCCAUUGUUGGUGCUUAAACUUCCAUGGACGAGUGACAGUUGCUUCGGUUAAAAACUUUCAGUUGGUCGCUUCUCCAGAAAACCGAAAGAUCGUACUUCAAUUUGGGAAAGUUGGGAAAGAUUUAUUCACCAUGGAUUACCAGUAUCCAAUCUCUGCAUUCCAAGCAUUUGCCAUCUGCCUCAGCAGCUUUGACACUAAGGUUGCUUGUGAAUGAAGAUAUCUAUGUCCGAUAUUCAUAUGCAAUAAUAAUUAAAAAUAAAUAAAAAUCGAUCCAAAAUUUAUUCGA